CUGUUGUUAGUGGGAAAAUACUCAGCCUAAUGCGAAUCUUGGUUUUACUCAUAAAGGUGUUUGAAUCUUGUUUCCUUACACUCCUCUCCCCCAUUAUUACAUAUCUUGUUGUUCCCUUUCAAGAUUCAAUUUUUUUUCUCUCUUACUUUCUUUCUCAUGAUAAAGCGCCUCUCUCUCUCUCUCUCUUCCCAAAGAUAUUAUUAUCACUUUCACUAUCCACCUCAGAUUUCAUCUCUUGAAACCCUGAUAAACUUAGUGAACCCAUUUAUUUUUAUAUUUUCACCUCAGAAAUGUGUGUUUCUUGGAUUAUCAGUCAGCUACUUCUUUCCGGGCUGUCUGCUAAGCUUCUGAAAGGUAAGAGCUUGACAAAAUGCUGUCAGCUGAAUAAAUACUGCUGUGUUCCUCUUAUGCUACUGUUUCUUUGUUUUACUUUUCCUGGAUUAGUAAUUUCUGAUGAUUCCACUGUGGCCUCAGUACCUCUUGGUUUUGAGUUUAGUGCUUUGGAUACGGAUAAGAAUUGGGUGUCUGAAAAUGGGGUUUUUGCGUUUGGUUUCUUGAAGAUAGAUGGUGAUGAUUUUGAUGAAUAUGUGGUUGGAAUUAGGUAUAACUUAGGGGAUAGAGCUGCAAAUAUGCCUGUUUGGACUGUUGGUGGUGGUAUGAAGGUACCUUUGAACACAACAUUUAGGUUUGAUUUUGAUGGGAAGCUAAUCUUGAUGGAUAACUCAACUGGAACUCCUCUGUGGAGUAGUAAUACCUCGACUUUGGGUGUUCGAAAAGCCACUCUUUCAGACAGUGGUAACUUGGUUCUUUUGGGUAGCAAAGAUGAAGUUUUGUGGGAGAGUUUUAGCAGUCCCACUACCACUUUGCUUCCUGGGCAAUCGUUACAUUAUCCUCAAACCCUAAGAGCUCCUUCGACAAGAACAAUCUUGAGUUACUAUAAUUUGGCGAUUACCCGAAACGGAGAACUCGUGCUCGUGUGGGAACACAAUGUGACCUAUUGGAGGAGUCACUUUAGCUCCAAAGAAGCAAGAUUCGACUCCAACGGUGUUUUGGGGCUGUACAAUGAUAGUAACCAGGUUGUCUGGUUUGCUUCGUCCAAGGAUUACGGAGAUGCUUCUGUCACUUUAAGACAUCUCAGAAUUGACCGAGACGGGAACUUGAGGAUUUACUCUUGGGAUAAUGGGAGCCGUUCAUGGAGGUCUGUUUGGCAAGCGGUUGUGGACCAGUGCGAUGUGUUUGCUUCUUGUGGCUUGUAUGGUGUUUGUGGGUACAAUUCGUCGGGCCCCGUUUGCGAUUGUUUGUACUCGGAUUCAUUAGAACAGGGGGUCGGUGGUUGCAAGAAAAUGGUGGAUUUGGAGAAUUGCAAGAUGCACACUAGCAUGUUCGAAAUGAAACAAACGGUUCUUUACGGUCUUUACCCCUCGCAGGACGUCGAGUUAUAUUUGAGUGAGGCAGCUUGCAGAGGGUUUUGCUACAACGACACCGCUUGUGUAGCUGCAACUUCCAUGAAUGACGGGUCGGGUCGGUGCACCGUAAAACGUACAAGCUUUAUCAGUGGGCACAAGACUCCUAAUAUCCAAGCUGUGUCUUUCUUGAAAGUCUGCUCCGUUCCGCAAGCUGCUAAUCAGCACGGCAAUACAGAGUCGAUAGCCUCGUCUCGUGGUCUUAAAUCUGGAAAUAUGAGCACUAGAAAGUUAAUCGGAGCUAUAGCAUUGAUUGUUAUACUGACAUUGUUGGUGAUUUUGAGUGUUCAGAUUCUACUGUUUUGGUUUAUGUACCGUAGACGAAAAUUUAAGGUUCGGACAAGGAUUCCUUUUGGGAAGGAUGCUCAGAUGAACCCUCAUUACAGUAUUCUGAUACGAUUGUCGUUUGAGGAAAUUAAGGAACUGACGAACAAUUUCGCAGAUCAGCUCGGAGCUUCGGUUUUCAAAGGAUUGCUUCCAAAUAAAACCCCUGUAGUUGCCAAAGUUUUGAACGAUGUGGUUGUGUCGGAGAAGGAGUUCCGAGUGACUGUUUCUACACUGAGUGGGACCCACCACAGGAACCUAGUAUCUGUAAAGGGCUUUUGUUUCGAACAAGGAAACAGCAAGUGUUUACUGUAUGAGUACGUUUCGAAUGGCUCUUUGGACAAGUGGCUUUUCGACAACCCCAAGAAGGGCUAUAAUAAGGAGCAGAUUUGGCAACGAAAAGUCGAUAUUGCCCUUGGGGUGGCUCGUGCAGUAGCUUACCUUCACUCGGAGUGCCAAAAGUGCAUAACCCACGGAAAUUUGAAGCUCGAAAAUGUGCUGCUGGACGAGAAUUUGGCUCCGAAGGUGACGGAUUUUGGAAUCCGCGAUUUAGUGACGAAGAAUAUUCCGGGUUCAUCUUCGUCUUCUUCCGAGUCUCCGUCGGAGCGGGAUAUAUUCAUGCUCGGAGAAAUAUUGCUUCAAAUUGUGACAUGCAAGAGGGAUGUUUUAGGAGAGAACAUGGGGAGAGUACUUGACGAGGUAAAUCAAGAACGUUGUAAUAAUGAUAAUUUGGAGGCGAUUGAAAGGAUAGCGAGAAUUUCGUUUUGGUGCAUGCAGAGUCAACCGUUUUCGAGACCUUCGAUAGGAGAAGUUGUGAAGGUGCUCGAAGGAACACUUUCGGUGGAUAGGCCUCCGUCACGUGGAGCUUUUUGUAGGGGCGAAAGCGUCAUUAUCGAAGGAGAAAUUGUGAAUGAAAUAGAAUUGCAGAAAAACUGACAUACAUAUGUGAUAGAGAAAGUAGUCAAGUUUUGGCAGAUAGAAUUCUUCAAUGUAUCUGAUUUCUUCUUUCACUUGUCUGUGUAGACAAAUUGUAUUAAUUUCAGCUAGAUAAACUCGGUUAUUAUUAUGAUUAUUAUUAAUUUAUUA